AUGGCUUGCAGAAUGGCUUCUAGAGCAUUCCUUCAAAUCUCCCGCGCGCCCUCGAGAUUCAUCAACCCGACCAGGACACGAACAGCCUUUGCUACUCAGACAUCCUUCCAGCACAUCGCCAAUCAAAGGCACUACUCAACACCAGCAUCAUCUCCAGUUGAGGCACCCGAGUAUCUCGACGCAAACGAAGCCAAGAUCUUUGCCACCAUCAAAGAGGCCCUCCAACCAACCAAACUCGAAGUCCAAGACGUCUCAGGCGGCUGCGGCUCAAUGUACGCCCUAGACAUCGUCUCGGAGCAAUUCGCCGGAUUGUCAGUCAUCAAGCAACACAGAAUGGUCAACAAAAUCCUUGGCGAUGAGAUCAAAAAGUGGCACGGCGUGCAGCUGAAGACGAAAGCGCCGUAA